AUGUCUGUCCUUCGGAAGUUGUCCAAGAAAACCAACACCUUUGGGGGAACCGAUUCUCCUAGGGUCAGCUCAGAUUUUUCCCCCGUCGUGUCCCAAAGCCCUGGGCCUCACCGUCGAUCUUUGGCGCAAUUUCUGCACCUCGGCGAUAAGGACUACACCUCCAGCGACAAUGAGUCUGAGUUUAGUGACUUUGACAGUGAUGGGCUGAGCAAAAAUGCGCAGAAGAGGGCGCUCGUGAAACAAAAAAAGAUCGAACAACGCUCCAGGCUGAGCCUCGAGCACCGUGAUGACUCUUCUGAGCGUUCAAAGCAGAGACUGGAAGAAGCUGCAAAGACCGAGACCGAAGAGAUGAAGGCUCGCUAUGGUGAUCUGCCUUUAAUGCAAUCUACUUCUCAGCACCCAACAGAACGCAUUGAGAUUAGCACCAUCACUGAGGACAUGCAGGGGAGCGAGAUCACCUUCCGUUGCCGACUGCACAACGUUCGGAGAAUGGGUGCAAAGCUGGUCUUCCUUGUUUUCCGACAACAACUUUCCACCAUUCAAGGCGUUCUUGUCGAGCAGCCGGGCAAAAUUUCUGCGCUCAUGGUCCAUUGGGCUGAGCACUUGCGCACUGGCAAUGUCAUGCUCGUCAAGGGAGUCCUGCAGAAGCCAGAAAUACCUGUGAAGUCGGCAUCGAUUCACAACUUGGAGGUCAAAGUGACCAAUCUGCACAUCAUUGUCAAGCGGGCUGAAGCAGUGCCAUUCUCUGUUCAAGAGGCCGAACUGGCGGUUUUUGAUGACGAACAAAAGACUGAGGGCCGUCACACUUUGAUUCCCGACCGGACUAGGCUGGCCAACCGCAUUAUGGAUUUGCGGACUGCCACCUCCCAGUCGAUUUUCCGCAUCCAAGCCGGCGUGGGAAGCAUUUUCCGCAAUAGCCUUGACGACCUGCGUUUUGUGGAAAUCCAUACUCCGAAACUUCAGGGUGCUGCCACAGAGUCCGGUGCAUCUGUGUUCAAGGUCAACUAUUUUGGCCGUUCUGCAUUCCUUGCUCAGUCCCCUCAACUUGCCAAACAGAUGGCUAUUGCGUCCGACUUUGAACGGGUCUACGAAAUUGGUGCUGUCUUCAGAGCCGAGAAUUCCAAUACUCAUCGGCACUUGACAGAGUAUACUGGUCUGGACUUGGAAAUGGCCAUCGAGGAGAACUACCAUGAGAUGAUGGACAUCAUCGAUCAUACUCUCAAGAGCAUCUUCAAGGGCGUCUACACCAAGUAUCGUACAGAAGUUGAGAUUGUGAAAGAGCAAUUCCCUAGCGAGGACCUGGUCUGGCUUGAUGAAACACCCAGGAUUCCCUUCAAAGACGCGAUCAAACUCUUGAACGAUUCAGGUUGGCUGAAUGAAGACGGAGAGCCGAUUUCAGCUCUCGAGGACCUUGCCACUCGGGACGAGAUCCGUCUUGGUGAGCUCAUGAAAGAGAAAUAUAAGACCGACUACUAUAUCCUGGACAAAUUCCCGAGAUCUGCUCGACCCUUCUACACUAUGCCAGACGCGGAUGAUCCACGCUACACCAAUUCCUUUGAUGUAUUCGUCAGAGGUCAAGAGAUCAUCUCGGGUGGGCAACGUAUUCACGAAUCCACGAUGCUAGAGGAUAACAUGCGCCUAGUCGGUAUUGAUCCUGAUGACAUGGCUGAGUACAUGGAAGGCUUCAAGUGGGGUGCUCCACCGCAUGCGGGCUGUGGUGUCGGCCUUGAACGUAUUGUCAUGCUCAUCCUCAAGCUCGGAAAUAUUCGCUUGGCCUCCUUGUUCCACCGAGAUCCCAAGUCAUUCCCACCGAAGCCUGUCAUCGAGAAACUCCGACACCCUGAAGCGGAUACCCUGAACCCCGUUUGGCGCACCGAGCGUGGGCGCGAGGUUGCUGUCGAAGAUCGGCAGCUGCCUGAUCUCUUCGACCUUAUUGCCAACUAUGGCGAUGCUACGGCAACCUCUUGGGGCGACGAAAGAUACAAGAUCUGGCGUCACGCAGACACCGGUGCCGCAGUGUCUUACGUUCCUGUUGGCCAUUAUGCAAUCUUACCGGGCGAUCCUCUUUGCGCCCCCAGCCAGUAUUAUCGUAUCGUGGUGGCCUUUCUGCAAUGGCUGAAGAAGGAGACCCAUCUGAAACCCAUUUGGAUCCUCAUUGGACCGGACAUGGAGCAAGUUCUCGGUGAGAGACUGGGAUGGAAAACACUCUCCUGCGUCGCGGAAGAACGCGUGGAUCCCCACAAGAAAACCGCCGAAUCUGACCCUGAAGUCGCAAGGAAGAUUCGUAAGGCCCAAAAUGAGGGUGUGAAAAUCAUCGAUCUCGACCCCAAACAGCCUGUUCCAGAAAGUGUCAAGCAACGCGCGAACGCAAGAGUCAAGGAUUGGCUGUCCAACCGCAAGGGCACCCAAAUCCAUCUUUCCAACAUCGAUCUCUUCCGAGACGAAAAACACAGGCGAUACUUCGUGGCCGAGGACAAAGACGGUACUCUCUGCGGCAUCGCCGUCAUGGCCCAGAUCGCUCCGCGUAGGGGCUGGCAAGCCAAGUACACCUUGGACUUCCCGGGGGCCCCGUCUGGAACCAUUGAAUACCUCACCACCCAUGCUCUCAACUCCGCGACCAAUGCUGGCGUCAAAUCGGUCACUUUCGGUGGCGGCGCGGCCGCUCAUUUGACUCCGGGUCACCACAUGAGCGGAGCCAAGGUCAAAGUCUUGCAAGCUACAUAUGAUGCCAUCGUCAAGCAGUUCAACCUAAUCAGAAAGUCGGAAUUUCGACAAAAGAUGGGUGCUGUGGCCGAUCCUUUGUGGAUUGCCUACCCACCACAUGGUCUUGGUUCUAGGGGUAUCAAAGCUAUCAUGCGGUAA